AUGCUUCGCUCUAUCCAAAACUCUAUCUCCUCUCCUGCAUCCGCGCUGCGCCCUGCAGCAGCAGCAGCAGCAGCAGCAACAGCAGCAGCAGCAGCAGCAGUAUUAGUAUCAGUAUUAGUGGUAGUAGUAGUAGUAGCAGCAGAAGCGGCAGUGGUAGUAGUAGCAGCAGCAGCAGCAGCAGUAGCAGCAGCAGCAGUAGCAGCAACAGCAGCAGCAACAGCAGCAACAGCAGCAGCAGCAGCAGCAGCAGCAGCAGCAACAGCAGCAGCAGCAGCAGCAGCAGUAGUAGUAGUGGUAGUGGUAGUAGUAGUAGCGGCAGCAGAAUAA